UUUCCAAAACAAACAAAAAAGAAAAUUAUUUAUAUAAGCACAAGUACUAUAUUCCUACCCCCUGGUGCUCAGAAGAGAAAAAAUUUGUAAGAAAAUAUCCGAAUCAAAUAAACUAUUUAUGGCCACUACUGCAAUGGGAAGCUGUACUGUAGCUAAAAAUAUGCAAUUUUUAAAUGCCAAAGUUCAGGAUCCAACUUCUGUUAAAAAUAGUUACUGUGACAGUAUCUAAACUCAUGCUGCAGUUACUAAUAUUUGCUAACACGGCACCAAUCUUCCUGUAUGCACACACCGCCAGUUUCAGCAGACACUAAUUUCUCCAUCAGCAUUCGCCAAUGCAACCAAAUCGCGAUUCUCCUGGCAAAACGCCACAAUAGGUAUUUCAAAAGGAAACGUCCACCGAAGACACGGAGCCUUCAACGAGGCCGCACUAAAUCAAAGCAGUCAACGAAACGAAAUGCAGCCAUUUGUGAAGCUGAAUCUGCCGACUCCUCCCGGGCAGCACAUCAUUUGAAAGAAAAGGAUGUUCUAGGUAAGUGUUUCCUUCCAAAUGAAGCAGAUCUUCGUCAGGUCAUUAUAUUUCCAAAAGCAGAAUGGGAAAGGAUUCAGGGUAGCGCUAGAGAAGCAGCACACAUCGAUGAGAAGAAGGAACAGGAAGGAGUGCACCUGGACUCCAAAGCUGCUGGAAAAGAUGCCACUCUGAGCCUGAUAAAACAGAAACUUCAAGCCAAAAAAUUACGUGAAGAAAAGGAAGAGGAAGAAAGAAAGUUACUUGAUUUGGAAGAAGCAAAGUUCCAAGCAGCAAAACGGAAGGAGAUUAUCGAUCGUGUAAAAACCUACCUACGUUACCAGGACGAAAGAAUGAGACAGUUCCAUAGUGCACUUCUACUUACUAAGGUCCUAAAAGAAAGAGAUGCUCAAAUUGAAUUUCAAAAGUCAAGAUUAGUUGAUAACAGAAAGAGGGAUUAUGAGGAAGAGCAACGUCAAUUUAAAGAAUACAUUCUCAGCAAGCAGGAAAAAGCACGUCAGCAAUAUAUGAAACAACAGGCACUGUGCAAAGACAGGCUAGAACAAAUAAAAGAGCGUGAGCAACAGGCAGAUCUGGCCAAACAGGAAAAAAAAAGAGAAGAGGAAGAAAUACAGAGAUCGAUCCAACUGUACCAACUGGAAAUUCAGAGACAAAAAGAAAAGGAACACAAGGAAAAAAUUGAACGCCGGAAGCUGUAUCAUGAGUAUGUAAAUGACCAAAAAAUAAUCAAAGCAAUAGAGGAACAAAACCAAAUGGAAGAAGAUGAUCGGAUCAAAGCUCAUUUUAAAGCAAAGGAAAUUAUUGCCCAGAUGAGAAAAAAGAAAGAAGCUGAAAUGCGUAGAGAAGCACAGGAAAAACAGGACAAAAUCGUUAGUCGAUUAGCUGAACAAAUGAUUGAGGCACUAAAGAAGGAUGAUGGUCGACUGGCUAGAGAUGCUGCAAGAAUAGAAGCUGAAGAAGAAAAGAAACGCAAAGAGAAGGAAGCAAAACAAAAGGCUGCCAUUGAAUCUAUUGCUGAACAUAGAGCCACUGUGAUGAAGUUGAAAGAGGAAAAGGAGAGACAGGAGAAAGAAGAGGCUAUAAAAGAACGUGAUAAGUUAAUGGAAAAAGCCCGCAUCCACCUGGAAAUGGAAAACAACAAAAAACAUGGACGACAUGAGGCAAACAGAGAAGUACAGAAAAUUCAGCUCCAACAAAUAGCUGAAAAGCAGGCAAGAAAAGAGCAGGAGAAACAGGCAGAAUUGGACUACUAUGCUCAGACAGAGGCUAUUGCACUUUCUAAAGAGCAUGAGUUUCAGAAAUAUGCAAAGGAACUAAUUGAAACAGAGUCCAAGACUACACAUCAUCUUUAUCCUCUUCUCAAAGCAUGCAAAUAUGGAAGAGAACGUGGACAUGGGCCAUUUUUCUGAGAAAAGAAUAAAUAAAUACUAGUUUCCAAACAUAUAAUUCUAUGUUGGGACCCAAUUACCUUGUUGUAGCUGUAAUGCUGCUCAAGAAACAAAACCAUGAAAUUACGUUUGAACUAUACACCAAGGAAAGGCAGAAGCCAUUUUCAAGUUUAAUAAAUAUGCUUUUCAACCUUA